AUGGAUCAUCGUAAAAAGCGGGACAUUCCCGCAACGAAGGAACCAACACUCAAGAAGCUCUUCUCCGUUGAAACAAAGAGUAGAUACGGUGUGAUUGCAGUGAGGAAGCAAGGUCGGCCCGACGUGCUGCUGCCGACGACGUGUCCGUCAGCGUGCCAGCCGCUGUUCCGUGCCGACGAGGUUGUCGUCCCAGACGGCCCCCUCGGAGGUCGCUGCUCUUGCGUUUGUCCCCGCACGGCUCCUGUCUACCUGCACACCGCCGGACACUGCGUAGAUCGUUUGGAUGAAUGUCGCUACAACCUGGUAUUCAAUUCGUCGGUCGACACUGAGCGCCUCAUACCAGUAGUUUCUUUGCCUGCUAAAAACGGUGUAGUUCUCCCGAAGGUUCCCAUUCUCUGGAAUGGUUCGGGGAUUACCGUAUCCUCCUUGAAUACGGUCGACUGUACUGUUAGCGAGGUGUUCGUCGACAAUGUGGAGCACCGAUGGAAAGCGGUCUCUCGACGCGCCCUGUUCGGCAUCUCAACGGCGCGCGGACGGCCGACGGUGAUGUUCCGAGGCUCCGAUGCCGAAGUCACAAUGCUUACUGGGGCCGUCAUACAGCUGAAGUUGUUCUGCAACGGCUUUGCGGCUGAUGAGCAUUGCCUCUCUUUCCGAGUCGCCGGUGUUUCUGGUUUGUCUUUCCAGAAGAUCUUACGGGCGAUUUCUCAUGUCAUACCAUCAAACAGUUCCCGUGUAGAGUUGCUGCUUAUUUUUGUGUUGUUAUUCCUACUUGUUUUGUCUAUUGGUGGAUCGCUGAUCUUGUGGCAAUUGUGCUGGCGGAUCAAGAAACAAAAGCUUAUCUCGACCAUCCAAAUGCAGUUCCUUUUCCACUUACAGCAACAACAAGAAGUUCGAAAGGUGGCUGAGACACAAGUGGCGGUGAAUGACAUGGGACCAUGCGAAUUCAAAACACUGAUGGAGAGGAUUCCAAAACGGCGGUUGUACUUCAGUGCUGAGUAUCUGGAUAAGGAAAUGAUGGAGAAUCCUCCUCCAAUGGCUGAACAGUUCCUUAUCGAUCUUCGCAGGGUAAUCGAAAUUGCCAGAGAACGAAUAAGAAUGCGGCGAUUCGUUCCCAUGCUUAUAACUAUCCCCGAGGACCUUGAAGAAAGCCGAAGCACUGUAACUGGCGAGGACAACGCAGAGAAAGCAGUUAGCGAUAUGUAUCAGGAAUCGCCGAAAAGCGACAAGUCGGUUGACAGCGGCCGAGAAUCACGAUCGGACUCGGAUGACUCGAGUCGAGACGAAGAAGAAGAGAAGACGAAGAACUGGCCGGACGUGCACACUCAACCUGACCGAAUCCACAAUGUCAGCAGCGUCGUUAACGGUAGUGGUUGCCAAUUUUUGCAGGGUUAUUGUUCGCACGACGUGUAA